UUGUCCAAGUAGCCCCCACUGUCUUUAGCCGUCGUACUCAUAACUACCUACAAAUUUUAUCUAGCAUUCGUAACCAAAGAUGACAAAUAGCUGAGAUAUUGCGGAAUAAAAUCAUCACCGCCGAACAAAAAAUACAUAAAAUGUUAUGCAUAAUUAAAGCGAUUUUGUUAGAUUUUUUUCCUGAAAUUGUUUCUGUUUUUCGGCUGCGGGUAAUUUUUUUAUCCGUUGUGUUGUGGCAAUAAAACUGACUUUUUACCAAGUUUUUAUGUGUGUAAUAUUUCAUUAUAAAAAGGUUUACAAAACUAAAAAUCGAUUUAUUUCGAUCGAAUCGGUUGUUGUAAUAAAACGUAGCCGCGGCUCUGGAGACCUCAACGGUUGACUCGGAAAUUUGUGCUUCAUAAAAAGAAAUUUACACUGAGUGAAUAUGUGCCAAAUUCGAAUUCAUUUGCUUUUUGCGUUAAUUUAUUUAAUUUUUAUACCGAAAUUAAGUACUAGUUUGCAAACAUUUCCAAAAUUAUGUGAUGUGAAAAAUUUCGAUGACUUCUUGCAACAAACGGGCAAAGUCUACACGGAUGAGAAAGAGCGACAAUUUCGUGAGGCAAUCUUCAUUGGAAAGAAAUCACUUGUAGACUUGGGUAAUAAAAAUGCUGGGACAGGUGGUGGCUCAUUUCGUAUGUCUAUAAAUCCAUUGGCCGAUUUAACACGUGCUGAAGUAGCAAAAAUGACUGGUUCCAGAAUCUCAUAUUCCGGAGAAGAAAUUACAUCCAAACACACAAAUUUUGUAACAGCUAAAGCUAACACAGAUAACCUACCAGAAUCAGUUGAUUGGCGUCAGCGUGGCGGUGUAACUCCACCAGAUUUUCAAGGGUUUGAUUGCGGUUCAUGUUGGUCUUUUGCAACGGUAGGUGCACUUGAAGGACAUCUUUUUAGGCGUACUGGUUUUCUUGUGCCACUUUCUACGCAAAAUCUAGUGGAUUGUGCUGAUGAGUAUGGUAGCAUGGGUUGUGAUGGCGGUUUUCAAGAAUAUGCAUUUGAAUAUAUACGUGAUCAUGGCAUAUCGUUGGCGAAUAAAUAUCCCUACACACAAAUGGAGAACGCACAAUGCCAACAAAAUGAAACUGAAACUGGCAUACAGAUUAGAGAUUAUGCACGUAUUAAACCUGGAGAUGAACAAAAAAUGAAGGAAGUUAUAGCUACUUUGGGUCCACUGGCGUGUUCUAUGAAUGCAGCACCGAUUUCAUUUGAACAAUACAUGGGCGGUAUUUACGAUGAUGAUGAAUGCAAUCAAGAUGAUGUCAAUCACUCAGUCGUUGUUGUAGGUUAUGGUACAGAAAACGGCAAAGACUAUUGGAUUAUUAAAAACUCUUACUCUUCGAAUUGGGGUGAGAAUGGUUUCAUGAGAAUUUUGCGAAAUGCAAAUAGUUUCUGUGGUAUUGCGAGUGAAUGCAGUUACCCAAUUCUUUAAAAUGUAACAUUUAGUUAGUUAAUAUAGGUAAUAAGGUUGUUGAUGAACGAAAGUUUGUUGUUUUCAAUUUAAAUAUAGG